AUGUUCAUUGUUUUAUCUGCUAAAAAUGGAGGAUUACAAAAGCGGCCCAUUGUCAUGCAUGGCGUUAGCUGUACUAUUUUUGUUGAAGCAAUCUUCAGUUUAGGUGGCUUUCUUUUCAUAGUUUUAUCACUCAAAUAUUCUGGUAAAUUUGGGAAAAGAGUAGGAACUGCUCCAGCUAUUAAUAUCAUGGAAAGUAAAUUAGUUGUAUCCAAUAACAAAGGGAUAUUUGUGAUGAAUGGAUUUCGUUAUGGAUUACAACCCGAUAAAAUCAUCAGCUUAAAACAAUUAAAUAAUAGUAAACGUUUCUUCUUAAUGAAAUGGAAGGAGACUGAGGAUAUAACAUACGUGAGGGCGAGUACUGCGAAAAAACACUGCCCAUUACUAGUAAUAGAAUUUUAUCAAAGACUUAUUCAAUGGAAUGAUAAUUGA